CGCUUAUGAUUGGCUAGUGAAAUCACAGGAUCAACUUGUCACUUUUCAUGUAUCAUUCUUUGUGUUUCAUGCGUGACAUCUUGAUACUUCUCUGUCAGUUCAUUGUUUAAUUUAUCCAUUUUUGCUGAUAUUGUUGUUUUUUCAAAGUGAACUACUGUGUUUAUUGACUUUAUUUUCAUUGCUAACCAUGCCGAAAAAGUGCUGCGUAUGUAAUUCAUACCAAAUCAAAGAAAACCUGCGAUCUUUCCAUCAGUUCCCCAAGAAUCGGUUUUUACGUAGGAAAUGGUUUACUGCUCUGGGCAUUCCAAAUUCAGUGGACAUUUCUGCCUAUACCUAUGUGUGCUCAGACCAUUUUGAAUCCAGUGUAUUUCAUUGUAUGUCAUCAGGCAGAAGAUGUUUGGAGAGAACUGCAGUGCCUACCAUUUUGAUAUCACAUUUUGAAGGUUCUACUUCUACUACUGUUUCAGGAAUGAAUAUUCUUGAAUAUACCACCAUGCAUCAAGAACAAAUGACUGAUACUAAUAUUAGCUCUGAGAUGAGUAAAAUACCAGAAGAAACUGAUUGUGGUGUUGAUACUAUGUCAUCUAGUACUGAAACAGCUUCAGAAUCUCUGAAUCAGUCAUCAGCUACUGAAACUGCUUCAGAAAAAUUCGAGGAAAAAUUUGAACAUUCUUCUACAACUGAAACAGCUUCCGAAUCCUUUGAAUCAUCAUUGGAAAAAACCAGAAACCUUUCAACUGCAAAUGAUACAGUUUCAGAGUCAAAAAACUCUCCUAUUCAAUUUUUAAGAGCAGCAAAAAGGUUUGUAAACAAAUUGGCAUAG